AUGCUGGGUAUACUGGUCGAUAAUGCAGCGCAUGGUAAUGUUAUAGAUUGGCUCUUUCAUAAUAUCUCACUUUUGUCAACUGAAAUGCUGCCCAAAUUUAUCAUGGCUUGCUGGGGUAUUUGGCAGAGUAGGAAUGAUUGCGUAUGGAAUGGCGUCCAAUUUGCGACUAACACAAUGCUGCUGCGAUCUGUUACAUUCUACCACAAUUGGGCUAGUGUAAAUGCUUUGGAAACAACAAGGAAUCCGCAUGCAAGGGAAGAGCAAUGGGAACGUCCAGCAGCUGGGCGGUUAAAGCUUAAUUCGGAUGCUUCUCUAAAUCAUACAAACAAUGUAAUGGGUUUAGGGUGGGUACUCCGAGAUCAAGAAGGCACUUUCAUGGCGGCAAAGAAUAAGUGUUUGCGUGGAGUUUAUACAGUUGAUGAGGCGGAGGCUAUUAGUUUGAGAUAA